AUGUCGAACAAUCCACAGCUAAUAUACCAGCUUGACUCCGAAUUGGUCCAACAGUUCUUGUUCGCCGCUCCCUUUGGCAAUUGUCUCUCAGCCCUUUACAUAUACAACCGUCUCAUCACGUUCGACCAUGAGGUGAACCUCAUCUGGAGACGACCGAGUCAUCGCAGGACACCCGUCGUACCCAUUCUCUACGUGCUAAUGCAUGUCUCAACUCCUCUGUACUUUUUGAUCAACAUCACUACCUGGUGGGACCUGGAUUGCAAGGUGAUUACUCUCAUACACCCCGUAUAUGCGCUGAGUCUGGCGGGUGGCGCUGAUACUUGCGUCAUGUACUUGACAUGGGGAGCGAUCUCCGCCCUGCGUGUCUAUGCCAUCAAUCCUCAAGAUUGGAAGGUUCCCGCCGUGGUUUUUGCGCUAUCCCUCGUCCCAGUGGCUACCAACCUGCACCGAAACAUCCUGAUGGUUUGGGAGGUCCCGCCACCUACCUUUAUUUGCACGAUCACGAACCACGUCCCUGCGCGGGUGCAGAGCAUAUGUAUGCUGACUUGUCUCGAGAUAGCCACGCGCGUCAGCACGACUGCCGUCGAUGCACUCGUUCUUCUCGCGACCUGGCGUGUCACGUACGGCGUCAAGCGGAUGUCCUGGCAUAUGCUCAAGACGGAUAUCCCUAUCACCCUGCUUCUUAUGAGAGACGGGACGUUGUAUUUCGGCACCCUCCUCGUCCUGAAUAUCUUCAGCGCGCUGCAUACCAACCCCGACCCACGCGAUCCACAGGCGAUUCAGGACUUCGACAACUUCAUUUACUCCUUCACGACCCUCCUCCUCUCCCGGCUCUUCUUCAACCUCCGUGAGGUCACUCUCCUCCAGAGCACGGGCCUCUGCGCGGACCAAGCUUCCGGCGAUGCGGAUGUCAGCGCACUCUCUUGGCAGCCCGCCCAGAGCGCAGAUCUCUCCGAUCCAGCGGGGCGCUUGUCGUCGCGUUCGACGACGCUCGGCUCGCUGGGCUCGCUUGCGCUUACGAGCGAGGUGUAUGUGUCGUCGACGAUGUUGGCCGAGUUUGAAGGCGGACGGUCGCGGGAUCGCGCCGAUACAUGUAAUGGAUCAAUUCCAGACGCGAGCUUAAGGCCAGCCUCAGGUAAUAAUGCCGAGGAGGGCGUCAUUGGAUAUGUAGAAGAUGGCGGAUUUCGAUGA